AUGAGUAAUCAAUCAAAUCGACUGUUAUCAAAUGAAGAGUUUACUGAUACUAUUCAUCGUUUACAUCAGAUGAAAGUAGCUGAAUUGAAAGACAUCUGUAGAUCAAUGGGAUGCAAGAUAUCAGGCAGAAAGAGUGAUUUGGUCGAAAGCAUAGAAACAUAUUUUCGACAUGGAAAAGAGUUUGAUGAUAAUAUUAGAUUGUUGGCUGUUAGAGCACUUAUUUUGAAAAGAGAAUUAGGAAGCAAUUUACCCAGCUAUAGAGAGUUAUAUGCUGCCAUUAAAGAUGGUAGCUAUUCUGUACAGUCACAAGAAAAUCAAUAUACCAGAGCACCUGCACCCGCCGAGAGGUCGAUCCAUGCAAAUGAUUCUACACCUCAUAGAGGACAUGCAUUAUACUUUGUUGAAAAUCCAUUUUUCAGACCAGUAAGGCUUGUUCAUGGAAGUCCUCAAAUGUGUGCACCAUCCAAGGGAAGAGGAGUUUGUGAAUUUUCAUUUGUAUUGGAAAAGGAAGAAUAUCGACUACUUCAAAAUAAGGAAUCAAAUAUGAGAGUUUAUCUUUUAUGUGGGAAAAAGGAAAAUCAUGCACCAGCAUCUUCUGAUGUUCGUAUUCAAUUCCCCAUUCCUUCGGAAAUUACAGUAAAUGGAACCCAAAUAACUCAGGCUUACAGAGGUAUUAAAGGAAAACUAGGAACAGCAAAACCCGCUGAUAUAACUGGAUUUUUACGUCCUCCAACAUCAAGAAAUACUGUUCAAUUAAUCUAUCAACAAACAACUGAUACAUAUUUAACAUAUUUAUAUAUCGUGGACCCAAUAUCUGUUGAUUCAAUAAUGGAAACAAUAAAAACAAAGCCAAAGAUUCAUAAGAAUUCAACUAUCGAAAGGAUAAAAGCAGAAAAUGAAGAUGAUGAAAUUGAGGUUUCAACAACGACUGUAACAUUAAGAGACCCUCUAGCUUAUACUAGAAUGAAAUAUCCAGUGCAAUCAAUUUAUUGUAAACAUACCCAAUGUUUUGAUGGUUAUAUCUUUCUUCAAGCUCAAUUGCAAAUGCCAACGUGGAUCUGUCCUUAUUGUCUGAGAAAUAUUAAAGUUCAUGAUUUAGCUAUUUCAGAAUAUUUCGAUGAGAUUAUAAAUAAUGUUUCAGAAGAUGUGGAUAAUGUGGUUAUACAUACUGAUGGUUCCUGGUCGGUGUCAAAUGAAAAUGCUGCUGAUGAAAAUAAUAAUAUCAAAGCUGAACAGUCUAAUGCAUUAAGUAAAAGUAAGAGUGCAAGCGUACCUCCUUCAACAAUUGAAGUAGUAUCAUUGUCGAGUGAUGAGGAAGAGGAAAAUGAGGAUGUUGAUAUGGAUAAACAUGUCGAGGAGCCUAAUGAAGAUACAGAUAUGGAUCGAGGGAUAGAAAAUAACCAAAAUGCCCAGGUAAAUACUGAAAUGCCAAUUGGGGCCAAUGCAACAGAAGAACAACAAGGAGCAACUCUACCAACAAACAAUACACAAGUGGAGCCAACAAUACCGCCCGAACCAACUGUAGAAGAGACCCAACAAUCGUUGCCAACGAUGCCUGUCAAUACCGAACAACCACAAGUUUAUGGAGAACCUGCAAAUGGUAGAGUCGUACAAACUACACAAGAAACCGAACAACCAGCUCACGUCACAGAACCACAAGAAAAUGUCCAAGCUAUGGAAGAAGCUGCCAUUGAGACAACGGCCGCGAAUGUAAAUGCAGCAGCAAAUGAAACGCAGGUGGGAAAUAAUGCAAAUAAUAUUAUUGAAGGUCAAGAACUUGUGGCCCAGGAUUUAAUUCGAGAUAAUUCUGAUUCUGAAAAUGAAGAUUUGAAUGAUGAUUCUCCAUUAGCAAAUUUAGCAUAUGGUCGCGAUAAUUUUAGAAAAACUGGUAGGAUAUCAAAUAGAUCUAGUCUCAGCUCGAGUGGUUCAAGGGCGACUUCUCCGGGUAUGGAAGCUAUGGCCGUGUCUGGGGCAACGUCGCGUGUCGCUUCACCUUCAUCUCAUAUCCAUUCUCCAACCGGACCAGUAGUUCUGUCUGAAAGUAAGGGUCAAGGUCAACAGCAAAAACAACAACAACAACCACAGAAUAGUCACGAGGUUACAUCAACCCCGCAGCAACAGCCAUUGUCUCAGCAAGUAUCAAAUCAACAGAACAGUCCUACUGCAGCUUUAUCCCCGUCGGAAAAGAUCAAGCGUAUGCAAAGGCAAUAUUCUGCUCUUUUCAUUCCACGUAGCUCGGUACAACGACAAGUUCCACGAUCCCCUUCAAAAGAGACGUUCACAACAGCACCAGCUAAACCUAUAACAACAGAGCCUUCUAGAGAAAACGAGGUUGAUCAUUCUAAAGAUCAGAAUAGAGGUAUUACAACAGAUGCUAGUCAAGUAUUGGGGCAAACUCAGAUGCCAACAACAUCACCUCCUCAAAAUCUUCCACAAGUACAGAAAAAUGUACAUAUUCAGGGUAAUUCACCAAAUGCUGCAACAGAAAACAAUCAUGCGGGCUUGAUAGACAAUAAUACACAAACAAAUAAUAAUUUGGAGAUUAGAAGGGCUGUACAAUCAGCACAUCCAACUCUGGUAUCUGUUCCAUCGACGUAUCCGCAACCCAGUAUAUUUGGUAAACCUUCUAUGCAAGUUUCAGUUCCUCCAACCGUGUCAACGUCAUCUGGAAAUACGAAUCAACAUUCGCCUACUACCACUGAGUCACAACCGAUUGUUCAAGCUGGCAUUAGCCCUAGUCUUGUGACGCUGAAUGCUUUAGCGGCCACGUCGUCUGGACUGGUGUCAACGAGUUCUGCCUCUGGGCAUGCAUCAACACAGAACCGGUCCCAGGUAAUGCUCCCGAGAGAAUACUACGUCGAAAAGUUGACCAAAUUACAGAGCUAUCGGGGAAGAAUGUUGGGUGCAUUUCGGGAAGAUUUGGCGAAAUUAGAUGCUAAGCAUUUUGAAGCAAGGGACAUUUUCGAUACGGCAACACAGGAAGGGAUCACAAAAUUGAAAGCUCCAUUGAGGCACGCAAAUCGAAAUUCCAAUUCAAAUGCUUAUGGCGGUUCUCUGGCGAAUCAAGAACAAAAGAAGAUGGAAAGACACAUUAAUGAUAAGGUUUUGAAGUUUAUUCAAACAAGACAUGCAGAGAUGAAUAAGAUAUUAAAUGAACAACGAACUGAAAAGCAAGCCGUUUUUGCUCAACAAAGGGAGACGGCAGAAAAGGUUGAUCAAGCCAUUAGUAUUUGCCACAAAGCUUUGCGUGCUUAUCAAUCAAACAAUACGCCGACCAUGGGACAAUUUUCAUCAGCUAGUAAAAUUCCAUCAACUGGUUCUCAAAGUACUCAACUGGCAAAUCCCGUGUAUCAAGAAGGGUCCAAUAAUCAUCUGGCGCCAACUCAACCACCACCACAAGCAUUUAGAACACAAUCAGACGCGAGAAUCACGCCGCAAACCGUUGAAUACAGGCCGGCACAAGGGCCACAACAACCCAAGUCAUGGUCAUUUCCCCGUAGAACCCAAAAUGUCCACCAAUCUAAGCCUUAUAUGAAUGUGCAAGCGGCUUCGGCAAAUUCAGGUCUGGGUACGCCAUCCUUGGUAGAGCAAGCUGCGAGAAUGUUAAACGUUGCACCUAGACUAACUAAUACUGGACAUCGACUGAGUCAACCGAGUACACAACCAAGUAUAUCACCAACCCUGACAGCACCACCGCGGAGAGCAUCUUUUCAAACGGGUAGCACACAGCAAAGAACACUGCAGCAUCAUCCAGGCGCUUCUUUGCCGGUUCAUCAACAAAGACCGCCUCAAUUACAGAAUGCGACCCCAAGUACAACCGCACCAGUCUCGCUUCAGGAUACAGCUAAAAGAAUACUUGAGCAAAAUCUGCGAAAACAUCCCCGGCCACUAGUGGAUGAUCCAAAAAUCCAUAAUCAAGCACGGCCUCGAGAUAAGCCUGUCACCGCAAGGGUGCAAAAUUUUCAAUCUGAAACUGCGAAUGUGAACCUAUCAUCCAACCCUCAACAACAACAGACCCAAUCUCCCACCAUUGAUCCGCUACAACUCCAACAAUCUCAAUCUCCGACUAUAGAUCCCAAAACCGUUGGACAAGUUCCAUCGAAAUCUUUUACAUUUAGGCAACCUCAAACUGUGGUAAGUCAAGCAGCCCGUUUGCAGAAAUCUCCAAUAGAACAAAUACAGUUUCCAAAAGGCUCUCAAUUACAUGAAUCAAGCAAAAGCAAUUCAGAACAAGACGAAGGCGGACAAGAUCAACUUCAGCAACGUGAUUCAGGUAGAUCAAGUUUAGAAGAUAUAGGUUUAUUUGGCCCUCCGAAUCAGAAGAGACAGAAAAUUACGGGGAUGUUAGGCAUACAGUUAACUCAAGAUACAAUAGGAUUAGGAGGAUCGACUCUGAGUUCAAUUUCUCCUAUUAGUGGUCAAGUUGGCAAUAUGACCUUGAAUUCUCCAGCCUCUAUAUCUAAGUCUGGGGUUUCUACUCCUAUUGGUGGUCGAGUUGGUGCUGGUAUUGGUGGUACAACUGGUACUACUGCUACUCCUGUUGGUGCUACGACUGGUACUGCUGCCACUGCUACUGCUACUGCUACUACUGGUGCUGGUACUGGUCCUCUAGAAAUUAUUGAUUUGACUGGAGAUGACAGUGAUUAG